CAAGCUGUUUCCCUCUCUUCCUCGCUUCAACAUACUCUUUCACUUUUCAAUAAUUUCUCUUACUCUCUCCGAAAUCAACAUCCACCAAAAUGUCUGGAGCUUCCACCGUCCACGUUUCCGGCAUCUCGCACUCGACCUCUGAGAAGGAGGUCCGCGACUUCUUCAGCUUCUGUGGCAAGAUCACUCACUUGUCCAUCACCCCCGUCUCGUCCGAGCCCGAUGCCCCAAAGUCCGCCAGUGUGACUUUCGAGAAGGAGGCAGCUGCUAAGACUGCCCUGCUGCUCGACCAAACUCAAUUGGGCACCUCGUCUGUGCACGUCGAGGCCGCGCAGAGCAUUGACAAUCUUGCUGGAGCUUCAGCCACUGGCGCCUCCACCGAGAAGGAAGAUGAGAACGACAUCGCACAGGAGGAUAAGCCGCGCUCCCGCAUUGUUGCCGAGUACCUGGCGCACGGAUACGUUGUGAGUGAUGGCGCCAUUCAGAAGGCGAUCGCCCUGGACCAAAAGCACGGCUUCUCCGCCAAAUUCACUUCCGCCCUGUCCAACUUUGACAAGAAGUUCAACGCUACCGAGAAAGCUCGCGGCAUCGACGAAAGCUACAAGAUCUCCGACAAGGCUGCUUCCGGCUGGCGCGGCCUGCACUCUUACUUUGAGAAGGCCCUUGAGCACCCCUCCGGCCAGAAGCUGCGUGACUUCUACGCUCAGACUGAUAAGCAGGUGCGCGACAUUCACAAUGAGGCUCGUCGUCUGGCCGACUUGAAGCAGGGUAAGAGUACUGAGACUGAGGGCGUUACCCCCGCUACAAGCGAGGCUGCUGGUGUCGCCCCCGCAACUGUCCCUGCUUCUGAGCCGGCCGGUACUGCUGCCCCCGCUGAGCCAAAGGCUUAGAUGUCCCUCUCCUCAUCUAAUGAUUAUCCCACGCUGGCCUGCUUUCCUUCAUGUCUAUGCUUUUCCAUCGAUACCUCUCGGUUGCUUCGAGAUCUCUACUACGGAUCUUGCCUAUUCCGCCCUUUCAUGUUGUGGGGGACGAUCUUAUGAUUGCGAUGAUUCCGUACUCUGCGCGUAACUAGUUCUUGAUAUCUGAAUGCGGAGCGAAUGGAAAUACACGACUCUUAUGAUUUAGUAUCGAUUCAUACAUGUUACUCAAGUCACCUGGUUCUACACCACUGUAGCUUGUAACAUGGGCCGCAAGAUAUAAUUCGUGAUUUCAUGACUAUUCAAAAGCUAACCUCAUGCAUCAAAUUCCCAUCCAACAUCCGAUAUCCUAACAAAUUCAUCCAUUCCCUCCCCUUUCCUCCCCAAAAUCAAACCGACAAACAAGCUCAUCACUCCCUUCAAUUCAUUUCUUGAACUUCGCCGCCUCAAUGUCUUCUAGCGGAUGCUUGGGGUUACUCCCACCAAGCGUGUUCGCCUUCGGGUCCGCCUUCUCAUAGGAGAACUCUGGUGCUUGGCUAGUCGAUGAGCCAUCCAAUUUACCGUGAGAAGGGGGAUCGCGCUGUUGAGCGCCAGAUUGGGUCUCUGGCUCGGGGGAUUGGCGGCCUGGG